AUGUCAGAGAGAAUGUCUCUGUCUAAUGACACCACAAGCCCACCCUUCUUCAUUCCUCUGCUGGGCAUCCCAGUAGAAGAUGCACAUCUCGAUUGGAUUUCCCUUUGUUUUCUCUAUCUCAUUGCAAUCCUGGGGAAUGCUGCUAUUUUAUUUGUGAUCCAAACUGAACACAGUCUUCAUGAGCCCAUGUACUACUUCCUCGCCAUGUUGGAUUCAAUUGACCUGGGUCUGACCACAGCCACCAUCCCGAAAAUGCUGGGCAUCUUCUGGUUCAAUCUCAGGGAAAUAUCUUUCGGAGGUUGCCUUUCUCAGAUGUUCUUCAUCCACUUCUUCACAGCCAUGGAAAGCAUUACAUUGUUGGUCAUGGGCUUUGACCGCUACAUUGCCAUUUGCAAGCCCCUUCAAUAUACUGUCAUCCUCACCAGCAAAGUCAUUGGGGUCAUCGCAGGUAUAGCUGUGCUGCGGAGCCUAUACAUGGUUGUUCCACUGGUGUUUCUCCUCCUGAGACUCAGAGUCAAUAUCAUGUUUGGACUUAUCAACAUUGCUCUCUUGCUCCUGGAUGUGGUUCUCAUUAUUUUCUCCUAUGUCAGGAUCCUCUAUGCAGUGUUUUGCCUGCCCUCCCGGCAGGCCAGACUCAAGGCUCUCAAUACCUGUGGCUCUCAUAUUGGGGUUAUCUUAACCUUUUUUACUCCAGCAUUUUUCUCCUUCUUGACACAUCGUUUUGGCCACAAUGUGCCCCAAUAUAUCCACAUUUUCUUGGCCAAUCUCUAUGUGGUUGUUCCACCAGCCCUUAAUCCUCUGAUUUAUGGGGUAAGGACCAAACAAAUUCGGGAGCGAGUGAUGAGGAUUUUUUUCCAGAAAGAUGACUAG